AUGACGUGCGAGAAGGAAUUCCAACCGGCGCACACCACUUUUCUUUAUUGCUCCGAGGCAGCUAUCAUACUAACUCGAUUUCCCGAUGCUAGUUGCCGCAUCCACGAUCAGAACCCCACACCCUUCCCCACGUCCACCUACUCAACAUACCGCACUCCAACCUCCCCACCGCUCUCGCCGUACUCGCGGCGUUUCUCCAACCUGCCGUCGCCGGAUGAAGGCCCAGAUAUCAUCCCUCGCGCCUCCCCCACGCAAUCGCACUCGCGUUCGUACUUCAAUUCCGAGCCGUACCCCGCCUCCUAUCACUCCCCGCCAAAAUACACCUCCUCGCCGCCGUCGGCCAAUGCGUACACGAGCGCUCACUCGAGCACCGCGAUGGCCAGUCUGCGGGAGCUAGCCACCGCACUACCCAAGACAUCCUCCAGGCACGGCGCGCCCGAUUCCCCACCCAGGAGUAGUCGCGGGAGCAGCAGUAUGAGUCGUACCGGAUCCGGCGUCUGGAAUUAUAUCCCCUUUGCGUCGAGUAGUAAGCCUACAUCGCCGAGUGCGACGCCGGGCAACUCGUACACGAGUGGAUAUAUCGUGAGCUCGGCGUACGCGGCCCCCCAAGGCACCUACGGCUCAGGGAGCGGGAAAUACCGAGAAGAUGCGUACAGCUAUGGCAAGAGCCACGGCGCCGCAUACGGGAAUACCGGUGGUAUGGGCAUGGACCGUCCGUUACCUCCGCGUGGUGGACCAGGUGGAUAUGGGCAUCGACCUCGAAGUAUCGAUCUGGUGACGCCUGUUUCGGCGGGUUCGCAUUAA